CAGGUUCUUGAUGGGCGUGGCCUUUUCACGCCGCAGGAAGGAGUAAAUAAUCUCUGCGUAAACACAAGUUUUAUAGGAGACGGCAACAUUUUCUGCAUAGUCUGACAUUUUUUCCACAGUAGACAUGGCCGCCCAGUGUGUGACCAAGGUGGAGCUGACUGUGGCCUGUCAGAACCUUCUGGACCAGGAUAUCGGCUCCAAGUCGGACCCUCUGUGUGUUCUGUUGAUGAGCAGCUCAGAGUCUCAGUGGUAUGAGCUGGGGCGCACAGAGAAAGUCCAGAACUGCCUCGACCCAAAGUUUGCCAAAAAGUUUGUUGUUGAUUAUUGUUUUGAAAUGGUUCAGAAGCUGAAGUUUGGGAUUUACGACAUCGACAACAAGACGAUUGACCUGAGUGAUGACGACUUCCUGGGGGAGCUGGAGUGCACCCUGGGUCAGAUCGUAUCCAGUAAGAAUCUGACCCGACCGCUCGUCCUAAAGAACAAGACGCCGGCAGGAAAGGGGACCAUAACGAUCAGUGCAGAGGAGAUAAAGGACAACAGGGUGGUGAACUUUGAGGCGGAAGCCAGAAAACUGGACAACAAGGAUUUCUUUGGGAAGUCUGAUCCGUACCUGGAAUUCUACAAGCUGACAGAGAGUGGGAGCUGGCAGCUCGCUCACCGGACCGAGGUGGUGAAGAAUAACCUGAACCCGACGUGGAAGCCUUUCCGGAUCCCGCUGCAGUCUCUGUGUGGAGGGGACAUGGAGAGAUCUAUCAAAGUGGAGUGCUAUGACUAUGAUGAUGACGGAUCACAUGACCUCAUCGGCUCCUUUGAGACCACGAUGAAACGGCUGGAAGAGGCAUCGCGGACGUCUCCGGCAGAGUUUGAAUGCAUCAACAGCAAAAAGAAGCAGAAGAAGAAAGGAUACAAGAACUCCGGAGUGGUGUCCGUCAAGCUCUGCCAGGUGGUGAAGGAGUACAGCUUCCUGGAUUACAUCAUGGGAGGCUGUCAGAUCAACUUCACUGUCGCUGUUGACUUCACGGGCUCCAACGGGGACCCGCGGUCCCCUCAGUCCCUCCAUUACAUCAGUCCUCAGGGCGUCAACGAGUACCUGACGGCUAUUUGGUCUGUGGGGAACGUCAUCCAGGACUAUGACAGUGACAAGAUGUUUCCUGCGUUUGGUUUUGGGGCCCAGAUUCCUCCAUCUUGGCAGGUUUCUCACGAGUUUCCUCUCAACUUCAACCCAUCCAAUCCGUUUUGUGCAGGCAUCCAAGGUGUGGUGGAGGCCUACAGGGUCUGUCUGCCUCAGGUUAAACUCUACGGUCCCACCAACUUCUCCCCUAUCAUCAACCAUGUAGCAUGCUUCGCUAAACAGGCCGUCCAGCAGACCACUGCAGCUCAAUACUUCGUCCUGUUGAUCAUCACCGACGGUGUCAUCACAGACAUGGACGAGACGCGCUCCGCCAUCGUCAACGCGUCCCGGUUGCCCAUGUCCAUCAUCAUCAUUGGAGUGGGUGAAGCCGACUUCAGCGCCAUGGAGUUCCUGGAUGGAGACAGUGGAUGCCUGCGCUCAAUGUCUGGUGAAGCCGCCAUGAGAGACAUCGUCCAGUUUGUCCCGUUCAGACAGUUUCAGAAUGCUCCACGUGAGGCUCUAGCAAAGAUGGUUCUGGCCGAAGUCCCGGCUCAGCUGGUAAACUUUUUCACCACAAUGAAGCUAAACCCGCCUAACCCAGGUCCUGGACCAAACCCAGCAGGAACUGUGUGAUACCAGAAGAACCAGUCAGCCAUCAGAACCACACCGUUGCUCUCAGCCAAUCAGAGCAGAUGCACCUCUUUAGUUUUUAUUAAGAUGAAAAUCAUUCCAUCAUUUUUAGAAGUAAAAUUUGAACUUUUUGUCCGUCAUGAAAGGUGACCACACGAAGGACGUCCUGACUUCAGCUGGAAAAAAAACUCUUUCUGAAUUAAUGAGAUCAUUUUACAUAACCCGUCCCCCAGUCAUCCUCUCAUCCAGGAAGUAAAAACUUCUAAUUUGGGUCUUUAAUCCAGAUUCUUCAUCAGUCUUCCUCCUUUUCCUGCUAAGCUCCAUCUCAGAUGCGAGGUAAAAAACGACCCAUAGACCAGUUUGUUAGUCCACCACCAUGAUGGAGACAUGACAGGGACGGAAUGGAGUCAUGAUGGGGACAAGGUUUUUAUUUUUUAUCUCACUGGUUCAGAAAACAGAAGAUUUUUCCAGUGAAUCCAAUAAUUUCAUGCGGCAGCAGAUCUACUUUACUCCACCAACAAAUCAUUAGUCAGCAGAUCUACUUUACUCCACCAACGAAUCAUUAGUCGGCAGAUCUACUUUACUCCACCAACAAAUCAUUAGUCAGCAGAUCUACUUUACUCCACCAACAAAUCAUUAGUCAGCAGAUCUACUUUACUCCACCAACGAAUCAUUAGUCGGCAGAUCAUAUUUACUCCACCAACGAAUCAUUAGUCGGCAGAUCUACUUUACUCCACCAAGCAAUCAUUAGUCGGCAGAUCUACUUUACUCCACCAAGCAAUCAUUAGUCGGCAGAUCUACUUUACUCCACCAAGCAAUCAUUAGUCGGCAGAUCUACUUUACUCCACCAACCAAUCUUGAGUCGGCAGAUCAUAUUUAUUCCACUAUCUGUGCGUGGCUCUGUGGGUCGGGUAAAACCUGUGGACCAUGUUCUUCUGGAUCAGGAGUCCAUCAGGAUGUUAAAACUCACAUUUUCUGUCAUCAGUCACAAAGUCUUGAGAUAUCUCAGAAGUUCACAGUGGGUCUGCUCCAUUUGCCGGCUGGGCGACCCGGUGGUGUGCUGAGUGGGUGGCGUUUUUACUCUUUUUAAACUGGGAUAUCAGCCGGAUGACCUGCUCAGAUCUGACAGCUUGUUUGGUGAUAACACCUCUUUUAACCACAUGGGUGGAACAAACCAAUCAGUCCGUCUGCUGAUGAUAGAAAAUGUUCCAACCUGAUUAAGAAAGUUGUUGUUCGGCUUUUAUUUGUUCAGGAUAUAACUUCACAUUAAUAUGAUUCCUCAAGCUGCUGAUUUUAUGAUUCUUCCGGCUGCUCCAGGCAGCAAAGUUCUGCUCUGAUCCAACUAAUUGUCCUUAUAUGUUCAGAGACCCCCGACGGACACUGUCGCACUUUGGACACUAAAACCUGAAAGAAAUGUGUACACAAUUAUAGCUUUAUUAACUUUUUAUUAUUUUAUGACCAGUUUUGCCCUGAAAGAUCCAUGCCUUUUUUGUUUUGGUAAAGCCUCUUUCCACUGGCAAAAGCUUGCCUCGUUCACUGCUCGCCAUCGCUUCUCCCUGGGUCACCGCCCGGCUGACGGUAAAGGAGCGGACCCAGUAAUCUGUCUGUCUUGUAGCUUCAUAACAGCCAUUUCUGGCAAAUGCUGCAUUUUAUUUUAUAUUUGUGCAUUUAUCUCUUUGAUGUCACAUAUAACCAAGUAUUGUCACUGUUUAUUUUACUGGAUUAAUCUACUCUGAUAACUGGAGCUCACUUAUCAGCUGAUUGUGCCAAGUUUAUACGUUUAUUGUGCCAGUUACCAGUGGAACCAGUUAAACCAGUUACCAGUGGAACCCUCAGUAGCUGAUCAGCAGAUGAUGGAAGAAAAUGUUCAGUAUUAAAUCUACAACUGACAAAUAAAAUCUGCGUGUUUACAGCAAA